AUGCUAACAACUGAAAAUCGAUUACAGGAAAGGCUUGCGAAACACACGGGUACAACAUCACUACAUUGGUCAAAGCACAACGCUGCCAAUUUUCAAUUUCCACCACUGACCGAAGAAAACAUUGGUGAUCUUACAUUUGGUUCUUAUCAAAUCAGGAUGGCAAAGUCUGACAUCAUCGAGCACAUCAGGCAGUCUCAAACAAAUGAAGAAGAAAUGGAAUUUAUCGUUGAACUUUGUAAUGAACACGAUGACUUAGUUCGAGCACGAUUUCAAUCACGUCACUCAAACAACAAGAACCAUAUUGCUACUGUACAAUUCGACCACCACAAGCAACAGCCGAUCGAUGGAUGGUAUUGCACUUGUUCUACAGAUGCACGAGAAGUCGACAUAUGCUCUCACAUAACAGCCCUUCUAUGGCACUUAGGUGUUAACACAGCUGUUAUUGCCACCGAUAAUCAUCCGCUCUUUGCAUCUCGAUUGAUCAGAGCCAUCGACGACAGCACACACUUCAGCGAAAAUGACAGCAGCUUAGAUGAUCUAUCCUGA